UAUACCCAAAAUCCUCAGGUGGCUUCCAACUAUGCCCGUAUCUUCUACGAGACUGAAGAACAAGCCGCCAAGGCUGCUAAGGCUUUGAAUGGACGCGUUGUUGAAGGCAAGCGCAUUCAUGCUCUACACCUGGGAUCUGCUUUGAUGCCAAACUACCAGACUUCGGUCUAUGUUACGUCCUUGGACAAGGGCGUCACAGAAGAACAGGUGUAUGACCACUUCAAGCAGUUCGGAGAAAUCGAUUUCACCAAUCGUCGCAACUGUGGCGAUGCUGCUAUCAUCUGCUUCAAGAAUGCUGCCUCCGCUGAGAAGGCUCUUGCAUGCACCACCUUCCCGGCACCUACCGAAGAAAAGAAGGAUGCCACCAAAGAGGUAACCGUCAAAAAAUACGAUGGACCUAUUGUAUUGCGUCCGGUUGCUCUGAAGCGUAAGCUGAAGACUGGAGAUGAAGAAAAGGAUCAGGAGGAAAGAACUAAGGAACAGCAGAGUGUGCUCGGCAAACUAAAAGCUUACUAUCCUAUCUUUGUUGGAAAUGUACCAUUGAACUGUCCACCACUGGAGCUGAAGCAAUACUUUGCGCAGCACGGACCAAUCAAAUUCAUGUUCUCUCCGCAAAUUUUGGCUUAUCGUAACAGUGCACCGCACCCCGUAAAAACAUUUAUAAUUUACUACAUGAAUCGUCCAAGCCAGCAGAAUGCUGUUCGUUUCUUUGAUCACAAGUUCUUCGGUGGACACCGUCUGCAUGUACUUCCGCUGCGUGGAACGCAGAACCUGGACGUUAAGAAUACUAUUAAGCUUACUAAGAUUCCAUUCAUGUCCGAGGAUGCGUUGUUCAAGAAGAUCAAGCCGUUCGUCGGAAAGAUCAACCGUAUUGUGAAGAAGUCCCGGAUGGCCGCCUACAUUGAGCUGGAGGAUCCAGCAGAUGUGACGAAGAUGAUGGACGUUGAAACCGCUGAUCAUCCUCUUCCAAAGGGUAAGAUGGAACAACUCAAAACCCCAGUGAGUACUCCCGACCGUGAAACAGGUAACCGAUCAAGUUAUUCUGGUUCCUGCUCCUUGUGAAAUGAUCAAUACUUU